AUGCAGGAAUACGACGCAGCACUCAAGGCGUGUGGAGUUGGGUUAUUCCACAUUCGACUCCUGUGCAGUGCCUUUGUCGCUCUUGUGUCUGGUAUUGUAAUAACGAAUACCACACCCUACAUAUUACCGAUAGCGGAAUGUGAUCUCGACAUGAACUUACUACAAAAAGGACUUUUAAAUGCAAUGCCCUAUACUGGUAUGAUAUUAGUAUCCAUAAUUGCCGGGUUUCUUACCGAUACUUUUGGAAGGAAGCCAUUUAUAUUACUUGGAUAUGGCGGCCUGUUUGUUUUCACAGUAAUAAGUGGGACGAGUCAAACCUAUAUAGUUUUGGUUAUCGCUAAGUUUUUCGAAGGAUUGUUGUUCGCCACAUGUUUCACGCCAGUCGUAUCGCUAACGUCGGAGUUUUGUCACAAUGGCAUACGAGAUCGUAUCCUAUUUUUACAAUCGUCAUUUGCGUCGGUAUCUCAGAUACUCGUUGCUCUCAUAUCAUGGGCGAUACUACCGAAUGAUUGGAUGAGUGUUUUUUUCAAUGGCGCUUUAGUGCUAAACACGUGGAACUUCUAUCUAUUUAUCAUGUCCCUAUGGUCAAUAUCCGCCUGCUUCAUGUACACUUUUUUGCCAGAGAGUCCAAAGUAUUGUAUAACUCAGAAACGGUAUGACGAUGCGAGAGAAACUCUUAUUAAAAUAUACGUACAGAAUACGAGAAAACCAGCUGACACUUACCCGUUCGUAAACAUAUGGAAAGACAAGACGAAGAUCAAGAUUGAUGAAUCAACAGCAAGUAAAUCGCAAACCAGUUUCAGUCACAUGCUGUCAGUUGGUCUUCACAACAUUAAGCCUAUAUUCCACAGGCCUUUGGGUUUAUAUGCAUUAUUAUUUUGCACUACGAAUUUCUUCAUCAUGAAUUUGUUCAAUGUAAUCAGGCUAUGGUUUCCUCAAUUAUCAACGAUUGUGGAACACUAUGCGACAGAAGAAAAUCAAGAUUUAUGUGUGAUGCUCGAUACUUAUACACUCGGCGGAGUAUUAGUCAACAAGGUCGGAAAGAAGAAUUUGUUCAUAGUGUGUAGUAUGAUUUGUGCAUCUUUUACUCUUGCGUUGAGAUGGGCAAAUUCAAAGAUCGCGAUGGUGGCCAUGUUCUCCAGUAUUGUGGCGCUUGCACAAAUGCUGAUGAGCCUCAAUCAGUUUCUGGUCGUUGAUCACUUCCCGACCACAACGAGGUCUUUAGCUAUAGGGCUGAUUAUGACAACUGGCCGUAUAGGAACAUUGGUUGGCAAUGUGAUCUUCCCAGUUCUGUUGGAUAUUGGCUGUGUUGUGCCAUUCUUCACAAUGGCGGGAACUAUGGCAUUUGUUACUUUGUUAAGCUUCGUGAUACCAGUGAAGAAAAGGUGAAUUAUUAUUUAUUAAAAUAAUAUGUUGUAAAUAGCAUUAAAUAAAUACUUUUUAAAAA